AUGGACACUACAUAUACCAACGAAUUAGAUACAAGUAAAUUACCUUCCAAAAGAAUUUAUAACAUAUUAAAUGAAGAAUCUAUUGAUUUAAGGGAUAUUCAUGCACGUUGUGAAUUAUGCCUGCCUAAUUCACAUAAUAAAAAUGAAUAUAUUAGACUUUGUUCAAAGCUUGUUAAAUAUUUACAGAAAAAAAAUGAUAUAUGGAAAAGGUUAAAAAUCAGCGGAUAUCACUGCAAUCUUUUUUCAUAUUGGUUAUAUGAAAAAUUACUAAGAAUGUUAGACAAUAACGAACGUAAUACUUAUGAUAUUUUAGAUAAAAUUCAACAAAUAGCUUAUGAUGUUAUGAAAUAUAAAGGUGGUAAUUUAUUUAUUAAAUGUGAUCUUGAUCGUAAUUUUAAAACAAAAGAAGUAUGGGAAUGGAAAAAAACAUUUUAUGAUUAUUGCCUGGACUUUGAUACUAUAAAAAAUAUGCAUGAACCUGAUGAAGUCAAUUGUAAUAAAAUUAAUAAUUACAUUAAAGAAAAAAAAAAAGUAUUUAAUUAUUUUAAAAAUAUUUGCCAAAAUAAAAAUCUUGGCUCACAUGAAUGUCCAGAUGUUUAUUCAAAUUGUAAACAUUGUGAUCCUGAGGAAUUGAUAAAUCAUUUUAAAUGCCAUUCACAAGAGGAUCAGCAAAUGAUCACUAUAGAUCCCACAUUUCAGGAAGAAGAACAAGAACAAGAACAACAAGAUGAACAGGAACAAAGUUUAAAACCAAAUCUAGUAGAAUCGCCUAGAGGAGAACCAAGACAUUCUGAAAUAUUAACUCCUUAUACACAUGGAAUAUCACGUGCAACGUACGACAAUUACAGCUCAGCAAAAACGUUUGGUAAAUCACUUUUGGGAGUAGUAAUGAUUUCUAUGAUUUUUGGUAUUAUAUAUAAUUUUACAUCAAUAGGAAAGAGACUACAUCAUACCAUUGGAAAGUUAAAAAAUUCUAUAAUUAAUAAAAAUGGAGAUAAUAAUACUUCUUUUCCUUAUAACUCAGAAUAUGACUAUCCUUUAAAUGAGUAUCGAGAAGAGCAUUUUGUGGGAUAUAACACAUACUGA